AUGGACGCGAUCGAGUUUUCCAGCGAAAACGGCUCGAAGGCGAUCACGAAGUUGCUGGAGCAUUACUCAGAUCCUGCGGAUGUCGUGGAAUCGGCGUCGAUUCAAGCGAAACGGACGGAAGCGUACAUCACAGUCGUGCUUCCAACCCUGCAAGAAGCUCACCCCUUGUUCACGAUCUGCCGCGUGGAAGUGAACUACAAGAAGGCUGCGUUGCUGCAGUCGCCUCAAUCGAUGGUGAUGGACAUCGAUGCCUCGCAGAAAUCGGUGCGCGUUCCUCUGAUUCAGCUCUCGCCGGCCACCACAUAUCGCUGCAAAAUCCGACUGGCCAACAAGAAUGGAUGGGGAGAGUGGGAAAGCGGGUUCGAUUUCACGACGCUGAGUCAAGAGCCGCAGCCCGCGCAGAAUGAAUCGCUGUCGGGCGAUUAUUUGGCGGUCACCGGAAUGCAGAAAAUCAACUACGAGACGCGCGAGACCAAAACGCAGGGCAACGUCCAGGUGAAAAACGCGAUCGAUUCGAACUCGGCGUCUUCGUUGCUCCAGUUAGCAGCGAACGAAGUGAGCACGGCGGUGUGUUCCUGCGGUCUGCCGGCGUUGCACUACGCGGUUUUGCAGUCGGAAGGCAUGAAAGGCGAUGCGGAAACGAUGAUCGACACGCUGCUGAGCAUGGGCUGCUCGAUCAGCCAGGCCGUGGACGCGCUGUCCUUCAGUGGAUUGACUCCGAUUGACUGCGCGUGCAUGCUGUCCUCCACGGCGAUUCUCGAAUACCUCGAGAACUGCGGUGCGGAUCUUCUCCACGGAGAAAUCGAGGGGAUUCCCGCGUGUGCGAUGUACUCGCUGCUGGCUCCCAACACGAACGUUCUCGAAUAUCUGUUCCGGAAGGAGUACUUGACCGCGCAGCACAUUUCUCCGCUGCUGUUCGCGUUGGCGAAGAGCCGAGCGAGCCGCGAAGAGGUCUUCGGCGAGUUUUUGAUCCAGAAGGGAGCCGACAUCAACGAAAUGAACAGCGACGGCGAUGGCUUGCUGCACAUCGCGGUGAUGCACAACAACCUCGCCUUCCUGGCGUUCGCUCUGUCCCACGGCGCGACGAGAGAUCAGAAAAACGCCUCCGGACUCACCGCGCUCAGCGUACGUGCUCGAUUCUUCCCUGAUAGCCCAGUUGGCGCAGCAGAAAAAUCAGCUGCUCUGCAUGCAGCUCCUGAUGAACAGUUACCGCGUCCCGCUCCCCGCGAGCGCCAUUCAGCAAUUCACGGUCGAUGCGUCGCACGCGCUUUGGACCUGGGACUACUCUUCGCGUCUCUCCGGAAUUCCGGCCGCGGACCAGUUCGACGUCGAGAUCGUCGAUCUUCUCUCGAACCAGGUUCUCUCGCUUCCCUGCUCGCUUCGACUGAAUUGCAGACUUUCUCUUUUCGAGUAACGCACAGACGUUUUCCUCGAGGCCCCGCUUCCUUUGCAUCGCUGGCUCCAGCUCCGCGUUCGCGCACACAACGAGAAUGGAUGGGGAGAGUGGGCGGAGUCGAGCCAAAACAAAUUUGCGAAGCUGCCGGAAGCGUCGGAAUCGCGUCGCAACUGUUUGGUUUGGGAGCGGAUUCGAUGUAG